CUUUGCACUCAUCCGAGGAGCCGGAGCCAAACUAGGAAGACAGGAGCCUCGGUAGACCAAAGAAACAUACAUCUUGUCAAUGAGGGUACAGUGAGAAGACAGUUGUUCUAACCACCUGGCUCAAGGAAAAACCCCUGUGGAGUCUAUCUGCACAAGUAACCUUGAAGAAAAUUUCCCACAUCAUGUUUCGAAUGAGAUGACAGCAGAGAAGAGGAGGGGGUGGACGUGAAAGCCUUAACAGCUUUUUGAAGACCUAAAUUUGAAUACAUUGGAUAUUAAUUGCAUUUACAUAAUUUCAGCAGCAACACAGAGGAUUUCAUUUUGAGCUGACGACUUUGAGUUACGCCUUCAUGUGCAUCCGUCAUAGAAAUCUAGAAUUGCACAUUUCUUUGAUGUGUUAAACCAUGCUUGUCAGCGUGUAGUAGAAUGGGUAACGUUCUGCGUGGUAUUGUGGCCUUCAUCCCUACUGAACGCUGCCAGAGGUUUCUGGUGGGCGAACUGAAGGAGCUGCCCCUGGACUGCACGUUGGACCUGAGUUGCCGCCAGCUGAGACACUUUCCAACCAAAGUUUGUGUCUUUGGCGAGCUGCUGAAACUGUACCUGAGUGAAAACCACCUCUACAGCAUCCCAGCGGAGCUGUACAGGCUGGGCAAGCUGCAACUGCUGGCCCUGGACUUCAACAGCUUUGAGGACUUCCCCCUGGCUAUAUGCAACCUGCCCCAGCUCAACAUCCUCUACCUGGGCAACAACCGCCUGUCUGACCUGCCCCCGGAGCUGGCCAAGCUGAGGGAGCUCAAGUGCCUGUGGCUGGAGUUCAACUGCUUGGACUCCUUCCCCUCCGUCAUCUGCCAGCUCCCCAACCUCAAGACGCUCCACCUGGGCUACAAUCAGAUCCGCAGCCUGCCCAAAGAGCUGAGUCAGCUGGAGGAGCUCCGCAGCAUCUGGCUGGCGGGUAACGCGCUGGAGAAGUUUCCGUCCGUGCUCCUGGGCAUGCACUUCCUGGAGGUGAUCGACGUGGACCGCAAUCUGAUCCGAAUCUUCCCGUGCCUGACCCACCUGCAGGGACUGAAGGUCAUCCUCUACGACCAUAACCCCUGUGCCAACGCACCGAUGGUGGCUGAGGGGGUGAAGCGAGUCGGCCGCUGGGCAGACUGUGACGACGAAGAGGAGGAGGUGGUGGUGGGGAAGGUGGCAGUGGCGACGGCCGAGUCCUGUGUGGAGGUCACGGAGACAGAAGCACAACAACCAAAUGAUAAUGAGACAAAAACAGCUGAGAUAUCACCUGACUUGAAUGAGAUUUUGUAGGCCUAGCAAUGCAGCAAGCGGGAUAUAAUAUCAGACUGUAUUUGUCCCUUGAAAAUGUAAUUCAUAAUGCACAAUUUACCUAGGGCAGUGGUUCCCAAACGUAUUCAGCAGGGACCCCAUUUUUAUGCAACAUCCCUUUUGGUCCAUGAACCCUCUUCAGUAGCUCCGUAACCCCUCCAAAGAGGUCCCAACCCCCAGCUUGGGAACCACUGACCUAGGGUAACAAAAUCUGAAAUGUGGCACAACAGGCCACAUCACAUAUAUGUUGUGCACAAGAACCAGAUCAUUUGUUGCCGAUAAGUAUCUGCUGAAAACAGAGCAAGGAAGUAAUCUGACUUGAUUUCAAUGAAUGAUUGAAAUCUCCCAUCACACCUGUGUCCAGUGGUCGAGUUGAAAAUCAAACCGGGGGUGGGGGGGGCUUGAGACGGCUCGAGAUUCACUGGCUUGCUCGCACAGGUCUUCGUAUGUUCAUGAAAGUUACAUCGAGUGUAAAUAUAGAAGCAAUGUCCACAUUCAUUGUUUAAAUGAGGCUACGCUAAAGGGUUGGUGAAGGAAUGCCUGUUUUAGACGAGGAUGAUUUUUGACCAUUUUCAUUGAGGGGGGAUGUUUUUUUUUUUUU